UCAAUGUUUUGAAUCUCUCAUAACAAAAUUGAUAGUCUAGCGACGAAGACGUAUUAGUGAAUUCUCUGAGCUCUUUGAUACCUGUACAAUAAUUAGUACAGUGAAAAGAGCAGUAAUAUGUUGGGGAGAAAAUUAGGAUUAUUUAACUGUUCGACAAAUUACAACCAAGAAAAGCAAUGCAAAUCAGACCCUGGAGAGUAUUUUAAGAGAAACUACCAUGUCGGUCAGCUUCUUGGAAGUGGCGGUUUUGGUCAAGUUUACAGCGGUGUACGCAGGAAAGAUAAUUUACCCGUUGCUAUCAAGAAAGUGUACAAGAGCAAAGUAACAGAAUGGGGACAGCUCAAUGGAUGCAAUGUUCCAAUGGAAAUCUGUCUACUGAAGAAAGUUUCACAAUUAAAUGGAAUUAUCAAAAUGUUGGACUGGUUAGAUGCUGGUAUGGCUUAUAUCAUUGUGAUGGAAAGACCAGAACAAGUGAAGGAUUUAUUUGACUAUAUCACUGAAAAAGGUGCUCUGGAUGAAAAUACAGCUAAAAACUUCUUCCGACAAAUUUUGGAAUCUGUGUUAAAUAUUCAUAAAGCUGGAGUUGUACACAGAGACAUUAAAGAUGAAAAUAUUCUUGUGGACUUAAAAACUGGUGAAUUGAAGCUCAUUGACUUUGGAUCUGGUGCAUUCUUAAAAGACACUGUCUACCUCACCUUUGAUGGAACUCGAGUCUACAGUCCGCCAGAGUGGAUUCAGUACCAUCGCUACCAUGGCAGAUCUGCAACAGUUUGGUCACUGGGUAUCCUGCUCUUCGACAUGGUUUGUGGUGACAUUCCUUUUGAAAGAGAUGAACAGAUUGUUAAAGCUGAAGUUGAUUUCAACAACUGCAAAAACAAAGUCUCAUAUGAAGUCCAAGACCUCAUCAAGAAAUGCCUCUCAAUUCGUCCAUCAGACCGUCCAACAAUAGAAGACAUUCUUGAACAUCCUUGGAUGAUGGACUCUAUUUAUAUGCAUUCAACUAGUCAAAAAGACAAAAUUAUUCGAAAUAACAGUGAAACUGGAUCUAUUGAUGGACAGUCAAUGAGCAGUCAGGAAUCUGUGGCUAUUGAAUGAUGAAAGCUUAAGUGACUAGGUUGAACAAAUUCCAAAGUAAAAUACUGUGCAAUCCAGCAUAUUCACUGCCGAAACUCAGGGAACAUUAAUGCAUUUACGUCUAGGGUUUUAGACCCGGAUUAUAUCGUGUAUGAAUGGAUCGAGGAGUCUUUUCUGCCAAGCAGAGGCUUCCGAGGAUAGAAUUAUUUAUUUAGCUCUGCUUAGCAGACUGUAUGAAUUUACUUAGCAUAGACGUGUACAUCCUCCAUGUAGCGGAAUAACUGUCUUGAAUGAAUGAAUAUUUAUUUGCGUAUAUGCGGACCAGUGGUGAUAUUGGUCAAAAGUUAUGAAAGGAUAGUUCAACAUUUUACCCAUUUGUGGAUCUGUUUGUUUUGUUUCAUCCAGGACUGUAAAAUUUUUCGAAAUAUAACAGUUCGAACACUGCCAUUUCAAUGCAAUGUAUGAUAGCAAAUGUCAAUUCAUCAUAAAAGCUUCAGAAGUUUUUCUUUUAAAAUAGUCAUUCCAAAGAGUAAAGCUACAUUGUCAAGUUUCAAUUAGGUGCUGUUACAUAAUUCAUUUCCAAGCCGAUUUACCUGCCAAAUUUUAUUAAAUAUGUAUUUAUCUGAGAGUUGCUCACAUUUUUGUGUCUAAAUGUAGCCAUUUCUUUUUAUUCUCUGAAAAUUUCAGAUUUUAGUCAACUUUUAGCCCUUUCAAUUUUCUAACAUCGAAAUACAAACGAUAACAAUUUCUUCCAACAGAACUUGUUUAAAGUUGUAGAAGUAUUCACAAGAUUGAACUAGCAUCUUAAAUUUUGUAUUAAAGAUGUGCUACUACGUUAAUGCACUCAUUAUAUCUAGACUCCAAUAAGUGUAACUUUCAUGUAUAGCAUGUGUAUGUAAAUAUCACUUAUUUAUUUUAUUUAUUUGUUCAAAUUGCAAAUCUAAUGAAUACAGGCUUGAAUUUUAAUUCAAGUUUUUUUAAACUGUUGGAAAUCUGAUGUCAAAGUUUUGGUUGUUAUAUCUGGGAAAAAAUACUGAAAAAUUCAAGAUAGAAAUGUUUUUUUUUUUUUGUUUUUUUUUUUCAAAAAUAUUUUCAACAUGAAAAAUUGUCAGAAUUUAAGUUUGUUUUAUCUUGCUACAAAAUGAAAUUAUGGAAAAAUAAUUUGCAUUUUAUAGAUUUUGCAAUUUGAGAACUUUUGAUUGACUAGCUUUGGCUGUAGAUGGCUUAGCUGUUAUUUAUUUCUGAUGUUGAAUUUUGCCUUGAAUGAAUCUAAUGUAUAUACUAAAAGAUAUUUUUAUAUGGAAAACAGAAUGAUGAAAAAUGAAUAUAAAUUGAAAAAAUCUCAGAUUAAAAAUAUUAAAACAUUA